AUGACGGACAAACUCCCACCCAUGCUGCUGCAGCUGUUCGCCCCGCGGCCUCCGUUGCGCUGGGUUGAACCUUCAGACCACGCGCCCGAGAAGCGCCAAACGCCCAACAUUGGUGGCAUUGGCCAAUACAUGCAGGCGCUGAGAGAAUACAAGGACAAUGACGGAUACGUGCCUUCCGACAGCUGGCUGCAGAAGCGCGACCGCAGGAAGCUCGAGAAAAAGGAACGCCAGGAGAAGCUGCUCACCGAAGGCGUCAAAGACUACAAGCCUCACGACGACCCCAAAGUUCAGGGCGAUGCCUUCAAGACGCUCUUCGUAUCGCGCCUCAACUACUCCACCACCGAAGAAGACCUGGAGCGCGAGUUCGGCCGCUACGGUCCCAUCGAGCGUAUCCGCAUCGUCGAGAAUGUGAAGGCAGCCCCCGAUGCACCACUCAAGAAGCGCAAACGCGGAUAUGCUUUCAUCGUAUACGAGCGCGAGAAGGAUAUGAAGGCUGCAUACAAGGAGACGGACGGUAUGAGGAUCAAAGACCGGAAGGUGACCGUCGAUGUCGAGCGUGGUCGCACCGUGUCCGGCUGGCGACCCCGCCGCUUCGGUGGUGGUCUUGGAGGCCGGAACUACACUAAGCAAGCUGCUGCUCGCUCCGGAGGCGGAGGCUUUGGUGGUCCUCCAGCUGGUCCAGGUGGCUUCGGUGCACGACCAGGCGGCUUUGGAGGUGGCCGCUUCGCUGGUGGCGGUCGGGGAGGUGGCUUCGGAGGCGAUCGAGGUGGCUUCCGCGGUGGCUUCGGAGGGGGUGGCCGGGGUGAUCGCGGCGGUGGCUUUGGAGGCGAUCGUGGUGGCUACGGGGGUGACCGUCGUGGCAUUGGAUUUCAGUCUAAUGGAUACGGCCCUCCAGAUGGCGCCCCAGCCGGACCUCGCGGUCCCCGCGAUUUUGGCGGAGGCAGUGAUCGAGGCGGUGAUCGGGGUGGAGGAGGCCGUUAUGGGGACCGAGGCGAUCGACGCGACUUCGGCGGCAAAGGAUCCAGCGGUGCGAACAACGAGCCGUUGGGUAGCCGAGAUCGAUACCGCGACCGUGACCGCGAUGGUGGGUAUGGCGGCCGAGAGGAUUCUGGCUCAAGGAAGCGUGGCUACGAAGGCGACAGCUACGACGAUCCGCGACAGCGCCGCAGGUACUAA